ACAGCUUCCAGCUUGCCCUCGACCUCGCCACCAUCGAGAUCCUCCUCCGAGUGUGCAAACGAGCACGGCCUCUCCUGAGCUCCAAGCUGCCUCGCUUCCGCAGCUGGUGUCAGAAUGCAGGACUGUGUCGUCCGGACGGACAGUUGCGGAUCGGCCUCACACCCAGCAACCAGAUUUCCCUUUCGCUGCGCUGCAGGUAUCAAGAAUCACCAAGUCGAUCCUGGCUCGUUGCUCGGACUUAUCGAGGCGAUGCUGCCGCCUCGUAUCUCCUAGCCAUGAUCCUCCGGGCUGACCUGAAUGGGGGUCAAAUUACCGAGUUCAAACAGGAAGCCACACGUCGGUAUAUCGUCCACCUCCUGAAGAGUGCCGCCGAUAAUGACCACACCAUGGCGCAAUUCCACCUGGCCGAGUGCCAUCUCAACGGGUCAAAGGUCGAUCGAAGCCAUACCAAGGCUCUCAAUCUCUAUCGCAAGCUCGCAAGCCGAGGAAUAUCGCAAGCGCAAGUUGCUCUCGGCCAGCGCUAUGAGGCUGGCGAAGGAGUCGAUCGAGACUUCGACACAGCCAUCGAGUGGUACACCAAAGCCGCCGACCAAGGCAGCGAGGAUGGCCGGCACCACAUCAUGUUCCUCCGUGGCUGGGCCUCAUUCAUCGGCCAUAGCGUCGAGCAGAGCGACAUCGGUGCCCUCAGUUACUGGCAAGAGGUCAGCACCAAGUCCACCAACCCUGUCCUCAAGUCCAUCGCCACACACAUGGUCGGGUGGAUGCAUUAUCUUGGCCGGGGUACCCAGCAAGACGAACUGAAGGGUGUCAAGAUUAUCCGAGAAAACGAGUCGCAUGGGUUCAAGCUUGGGGAAGACCAGUGUCUGGGGUCGAAUUGGAACUCUGUAUCAUCUGACUCUCAUGCAGCUCACAAGUUCUUCGAGCUAUGUCAGCUGGGUUCAGACAAAAUCUGGCUAUGCAAGCACCUGAUGGCCGUAUGUUUGGUCAAUGGAUUCGGAACCGCGCAGGACCAGAAGAGGGCAGCAAAUGCAUUCCAGCAGCUCGCCAGCGAAGGUCACGCCGCCAGCCAGUUUUGGCUCGGAGGUUGCUACUACAAUCACUGGGGAGUGUCGCAGGAUUACCGACAGGCAUUCGAAUGGUACAACAAGUCGGCCGAGCAAGACAACUCGUACGGGCAGUGGAUGGUUGGUUUAUGCUAUUCCGGCGGGGCUGGGGUCCUCAAGGACGAUAACAAGGCAGCCGAGUGGUUUCGCAGGUCAGCCGAACAGGGCAAUCGGUGUGGACAAAACGCCCUCGGGCGGUGCUAUAAAGAUGGCAAGGGCGUCGCUGAGGACAUCGAGACCGCCGCUUUCUGGUAUUGCAAGGCCGCGGACCAGGGCCACCUGUAUGCCGUCAAAGCCCUCAAGGAGCUUGUUUAGUAGCUUUUCAAGAAUGAAUCUCCGGGUACAAGCUUCCAGCAGCCAUGUUGCGGCGCUGAAUAGGAACCCAAGCAAACCAGCCACAGGCGGAAACUCCCAGCCAGUACAUGGUAUAUCCAUUCGAUCGAACAGGGUCCGUGACGCCCUCUGCUACCUGAUAUUUGAAUAUUCGGAGGACUGCAACCUCGAAAUACGCAUGGGAAACUAGGUAAUAGUAAUGUAAGCAAGAAGAAUACAACCGCGAGAGUAAAGGAAGGGACUGGCGCCCAGAUCAAUUGGCGACGUCGGUGGAGUUCUGUAUGUCAGUUGCGGCCGGUGCGGGUGACCGCGCUGGUCUCGGGAUACUUGAUCUUGAAGGGCGAAGACGGGUCCAGGGGAUCGCCCAAG